AUGAGAAUGGAUGAACCUUAUGAAUGGGCCACGAAUCUAGUUGAUUCUGGUUAUAUACAGAAUUUGCCUGUUGAAUCUUCGAAUACGUUAUCCGCACCAAUAGGGUUCAAAGUGGUGGGGAGAGGCAAAGGUGAAGAAUCUGGUAGUAAUUCUUCAAAUGGUGUCGAUGAUGCUCAAUUGGUAGAGUUCCAAAUGCAAAAGGCUUGGCAGAUUGCUACUCAGCCUGCGAAAUCACUACCGAUGAAUUUUUUUAUGUCUUAUAUGUCUGGUACAUCUUUGCAAAUAAUUCCUAUAAUGACAGCAUUAAUGCUUCUAUCUGGUCCAAUCAAGGCUAUAUUCUCUGUUAACAAAGUGUUUCAACCUAUUUUGAAUAAUGGUAAUCGUGGUGUAACUUCAAAGGAUAUCUUGGGUCCAAUGGCGAUGUUCGUUGUAUUUCAAUUUGCCUUAAUGGGUAUUGGUAUUCAUAAAUUGAAUUCGAUGGGUUUAUUUCCAACCACUGAGAGUGACUGGCUAUCGUGGAAGUCUCCUCUAAACGUUACCGAUUCCGUCAAGGCAUUUGCAUUCUGA